GCGGGUCCUCAGUCUGCUACCUGCUUUCUCGAGCACGGACUGUCUGCAAUGGCGGAUUACGACAACUACGAUGACCGGGAUCGGGCUUACGGCAGCUUUGGAGGGGGGCGAGGAUCCCGAGGAGGGGGCGGAGGUUCAGGAGGACCUCGCAGACAGAAGGAUUUGCCCACAGAGCCCCCCUACACGGCAUACGUAGGAAACCUGCCCUUCAACACUGUGCAGGGAGACAUAGACGUCAUCUUCAAGGAUCUCAGUAUGAGGAGCGUCAGGCUAGUCCGAGACAAAGAAACAGACAAGUUUAAAGGUUUUUGUUAUGUAGAAUUUGACGACUUGGAAUCCCUAAAAGAAGCCUUGGCAUACGAUGGCGCCCUCUUGGGUGAGCGUUCUCUCAGAGUGGAUAUAGCAGAAGGCCGUAAACAAGAGAAGGGUGCUGGUGGCUUUGGUUUCAGAAAACCUGGCAUGGAAGACAGAGGCCGUGGAGGCUCACGUGGACCCAGGGGAGGGGGGAGGGAUUCCAGAGACGAGUACAACUCUGGAGGUUUUAGAGACGAUGACUUCCGAGGUGGCGGUCGCCCCGGCGACAGGCGAGAUGGAGCAAGUGCUGGUGGGGGGAUGAGCCGGUUCAGAGAAGGACCCCCCCGUGGAGUGUCCACAGACUUCAGAGAGCCAUCAGAAGAGGAGAGAGCGCAGAGACCACGCCUCCAGCUGAAACCUCGCACGGUCGCCGCUCCUCUUAACCAAGUCGCCAACCCCAACUCUGCCAUAUUCGGCGGGGCCAAGCCCCGGGAGGAGGUAAUUCCCAAAGAGAAAGACUAAAACAAGCUGCAGGAAACUGGGGAGGGCACAGAACUGUAGAGGUGAUCAUGCCAAUGGAGAAGUCAACACUGCACUUACCAUUCCUACUAGUAGACAAGCGCUUACCCUCCUCCUUCUGCAACUUUCAGAAAGAAUAUAUAUUCAAAUAAAACACACAUGAACACACUCACAAGCAGCUCAUGAAUGCAUGUCAGCUGAUACGUGUUUUUUGCUACACCUCUGCUUCCCUGUAUUUAGUGCCUGCUUUGUACUGUAGUUACUUUGGGGGCCGGACAGUUCACGUGUUUUUUUUUUAAUUAUUAUAAUUUUUAAACAAAGAUAAGCUACUAGCUGCUUUGGAGAGAAAAAUCAGUGUUCUAUUUGAACUGGCGUGUUGCUGUUUACAUUUUUUAACUUGGCUCAGCUAAACUGAUCCUUUUUUUUGUUUCAAAUUGAAGUUUUAGCAAUUUUACAAAAUAAGAAUAGAAAUGGUAACAUUUUCCUUUGUGCUGGCACGGUAUGUGAUUGGGUCUCUGGGUUUGUAGAUUUACAACAAUUGGAUGCAUCUAAUUUUUCUUGUUUUUGUUUUGUUUUUUUAAUAAAGAUUUAAUAAAUCCGUGCAGCUGCAUUAUUCUGGAAGGCUGUACUGUGGAUCGACUGGCCAUGUUCAC